GGCGCACGUUUCUCAUCUCCCAUAGCAAAACAUCACGCAACCUCGAAAUCCCUUCGUCAUAGGAUCACGGCAGCAGAACGAAACGGCGAAUUCGACGACGGAACCCAAAAAAGAAAAAAAGAAAGAGAUGGUGGCGAUAUCCAUGUACAGAGGCAACCUUCACAAAGUUCCCGACGUUCCUCGCCGGUGGACUAUGCCGGAUCGCAAUCUCUCUUUUAAAGACUUCAAAUCUCUCCUUCACCGCCGCAAACGAGCUCUUUCUCGUCUCUCCCCUAAUUCUAACCCUAACCCUAACCCGAGCCAUAACGUCAAGUCUGAGCUGGCUACGGAUCGGAAGGAUGCGAUUCCAUCUGAACGGCCCGGUUCGUCCGGGAAACAGAAGCUUGUUGAGGUGAAGAGAGAGGAGGUUAAUGGGAAUCAGGUUAGGGAAGAGGAUAAUGUCAGAAUUGAAGGAGCUCGAGCAGGAGGAUCGGACGGUGGAGAUCGAGUGACGGAAUUGCUAUCGAAUAAUGAAACCGAUAAUGUACCACACGAGGAAGCCGCGAACGAUAAGGCGGAGGCAAAGGAAACAGCUGAAGAAGUAGUACCAAGCGAAAUAGAGAAAGAAGAGAAACAAGUUGAGGAGAGAUUACAAGUGUUGAAUGCAAAGAAACACAAUCUCGUCCAAGUUCUUAAGCUGAUUCUGAGUGCUGAGGAAGAAUUGAAAAGGCGCAGCAGCAUCACGCAACAGCCAGGAACAACAGCGUCUCGUCCUUCUCUUCCACUCCAUGUAGAUGUCUCUAAUGACUCUGGAGGUAAUGCUGGUGCUCACAUGGAAGGUGGAGAGACGAAUGAUGCAGGGAAUCAUAAUAAUGCUCAAACUCCCAGUGUUCUUCGACUAUGCGGUGCUUCUUCAUCAUCUGAAUCUCCGCUCAGAAGAGCAGCCGCUUUUUCACAACACAAUAUGGCUCCGCAUCCUUCUCGAUGGAGCCCACGGGUGGGUCCAACUCAACCGGGGAAUCCAAGUGCUGCUGCAGGAGGAGGCACUGUGUCUGCGUCAGGAACAAACUACAUAGCUUCAUCACCUUCACCAGCUGGUUCUGGUGGCACUUCUGUUUUCAGAGAAACACGGCUACAGAGUCCAGGGAAUUAGCAGCUUCUCCUCUUUAUCGCUGCACUAACGUCUUCCUUUUUGUAGCUGUUAAGGGAAAACUAAUGUGAGAUGAUCAGAAACGUGUUCAUAGCGAUUGUUCUAUAAGUAUGAUGUUUACACUGAAGAUUGUUUGGUCCGACUGUAACAAAAUGUAAUUUAAUUUGAAACAAAAUAUGCUUAUUCCAUUUAUCUGUAGUGACACAUUCAGUUUCCGAAUCUGAAAUCUAAUAAAUAUUUAUAUGCUUAUUCCAUUUAUCUGUAUUCUAAUCCUAUAAUUUAUAGUUGGGCGAGGUUAAAUUAAUUUGGAACAAAAUAAGUAUGAAACAAAUUUGAAUAAAUGCCUUUCGAAAUGACAAAAUCCAAAGCACUCCGAGUAAACCGGACAUGAAAACCGAAGGGAAGAUAUUCAAUUUUGAUCGGUCACCGUCACACACAUAAAUAUCCCGGUUCAAUAAGUGGUUCGGAGUUGUGAAAAGAAGAGAAAACUGGACUUUGUUACCCGACGCCGCCGAGACUCGAGAGAUGGGGAUAGUAACGAAAGCAGGAGAUUGGUCGUUCAAGGCCUUCACGGCGGGGCUAGGGCUCGCCACCAUCUACCUUACCACCACUUUCUCCGUCAACGUCUACCGUGGCCUUUCUUGGCACAACGCUCAAUCUAAAUUGGAGAUGGAGCAAUCUGAAGAACAACCGGAAUGAUCUGAAUUAUAUUUGCUAAUCUAUCUCUCUCACGCAAGCAGAUGCUUUCUUUCUGCGAACGUUGUUUCGUUGCAUACACUUAUAUAUCAUUGUUUCGAUACUAUGAGCAAUUAAAUAAAUGAAAUAUUUGUGUUUGAUAAAUUCA